AUGGACCGCGCAGAACUGAAAGAGGAAGCAGUGUAUCUCCUAGAAGAGUCUAUAGUCAGCCCGGAAAAAGUAAGAAGAAUCGGACGGACACUGAAAGCACGGAUCUGGAGUGCUGGGUGGUACAUUGUGAUGCUUGUGGCAUCCAAUAUCACGAGUCUCUCUGUGGCUGUAGGCUAUGCCCGAACAAUGUACUCUCCAGAUCUCCCAAGUUACGACGCGUACCGUGGGCAGAUCGAUCGCAGGCUCACCGUGAGAAGAUUCGACCGCUUUUGGUUCACACCCAACGAUUUCACUCGUCCACCGAGCAAAGAGGUAGAUCAAGCAUGGAGCGAUCUGGGAAUAUGGAUCCCAUAUUUCAUCCUCCCUGAGAGCCUGGGUCCGGCUCAUGGCUUGAACAAUAGUCAUCUCAAGUAUUCUGGAGAUGACUUUGACACGCCAGGGUAUCCUGUUGUGCCAGAGAUGAUACAUCACCUCCACUGUCUAGACUCGCUUCGUAAGAAUCUCUACUACAACCAUGAAUACUACGCCGAGCAGAGACUUCGUGCUGGAAAGACCAUCGCUGAAGAGUUCAUGAAGGCCCACAUCAACCACUGCAUAAGUGCUCUAAAGGAACGGCUACUCUGCACUGCCGACAUCGGAAUUGUUCCAUUUCUGUGGCGAACUGCUGAAGGCGACGUGAUGCCCGAUUUUGGAAGAGAGCACAAAUGCUAUGAUCACAAGUCGGUGAUUGCAUGGUACGAAAAGCACGGUGUGCCGGAGAAUCAGUCUGAUAUAGUGGUAAUCCCGCCACCAGAAGCAAUCCUACAUCCUGCAGACGAGUUCUUCGAGGUAGACUAG